UCCGUUCCCGGCGCAGCCAUGGCUCGCGGUCCUAAGAAGCAUCUGAAGCGGGUAGCUGCUCCCAAGCAUUGGAUGCUGGAUAAACUGACCGGGGUGUUUGCUCCUCGUCCAUCUACCGGGCCCCACAAGCUGAGAGAAUGUCUGCCUCUCAUCAUCUUCCUGAGGAACAGACUUAAGUACGCCCUGACUGGCGAUAAAGUGAAGAAGAUCUGCAUGCAGCGCUUCAUUAAGAUUGAUGGCAAAGUGCGAACUGAUAUAACCUACCCUGCUGGUUUCAUGGAUGUUAUCAGCAUUGACAAGACUGCGGAGAAUUUCCGUCUGAUCUAUGACACCAAGGGGCGCUUUGCUGUUCACCGUAUUACACCUGAGGAGGCCAAGUAUAAGCUAUGCAAAGUAAGGAAGAUCUUUGUGGGCACAAAGGGGAUCCCACAUCUGGUGACCCAUGAUGCUCGCACCAUUCGCUACCCUGAUCCCCUCAUCAAGGUCAAUGACACCAUCCAGAUUGACUUGGAUACUGGCAAGAUUACUGAUUUUAUCAAGUUUGAC